GAACUGGGAAUCCCCGACAGCGUGCUCGGGUUAACUCAUCAUAAUAUUUUGGUUUCCUCGACGGUUUUAGCUGUCUUUGACAUCAAAUUCUCCAGUCUGUGCUCUUCCUUAUGUUUCUCUCACUCGACGAAAGGUUAAAAAAAUAUAUGGAAGAGCCCAGUUUUAAAAUGGAGAGCCUGCCGCAGAGUCAAGACUCAGUCGACACGUUCAGAGAGCUGUGGGGGGAUCUAAUAACUACCAAAAGCGAAGUGAAGGAUCUGAAAGAUCUGAAUUUGCACCAAACUUCUGACAUUUCCACUAUUCCUCCUGAAAACCAUUUGCGUAAUGAUUGGGUGCAACAGGACCAAUUACAUUUUCUGGAUUCAAACUUGACCACGUUUGACUUCCUCAUGCUGGAUUCUGCAAAUUCCAAUGGGAUGAUGACCGACUUGGUUAAUCCACCGUCCUCCACCGUUCCGGUUACGACUGACUAUCCAGGCGACUACUUCUUGGAGCUUCAGUUUCAGAAGUCUGGGAUGGCCAAGUCGGUCACUUCAACAUUUUCAGAGAGUUUGAAGAAGCUCUACUGUCAGCUGGCCAAGACGACUCCCAUCGAGGUUCUAGUCAGCAUCGAGCCCCCCCCGGGGGCCAUUCUCAGGGCCACCGCAGUGUAUAAGAAGUCUGAGCACGUGGCAGAAGUCGUCAAAAGAUGCCCACACCACCAAACCGAAGACGCUUCAGAGAACCGGAGCCAUCUGGUCCGACUGGAGGGCAACCAGCUGGCUCAGUACUUUGAGGAUCCAAACACAAAUAGGCAAAGUGUGACUGUGCCUUACGAGCCCCCGCAGUUGGGCUCAAAAACGACCACCAUACUGCUGAGCUUUAUGUGCAACAGCUCCUGCAUGGGGGGCAUGAACCGUCGCCCCAUCCUCACCAUCCUGACUCUGGAGGCCCCGGAUGGUUGCGUUUUGGGCCGGAGGUGCUUCGAAGUCCGUGUCUGUGCGUGUCCAGGCCGGGACCGCAAGACCGAAGAGGAAAACGCAGCCAAGACGCAAAGCGGUGCCAAACAAACAAAGAAACGAAAGAACGACCCCAUGCCGGGCCCAUCCUCUUUGACCACUAACGUGAAGAAGAAGUCUGGAUCAAGUGGAGAGGAGGAGGACAAGGAGAUCUUCACCCUGCGUGUUCAAGGACGCGAGCGUUACGAGAUGCUGAAGAAAAUCAACUCUGGCCUCGAGAUGUUCGAUGACAGAAAACGGCUGAAUCAAGGGAAGAAUUUCCAGAAGAAAAACCAAAAAAAGUAGUUCUCUGAAGCUGUUCAUGUUGAAGCCUUUGAGUUGCCUGUGAAAGCCAAAACGCUGCCUUCUCUGAACGACUCACUGCCGUUUGUCUGAGACGACCCCGGUCCUUUUUGUCGAUCCGACAGCUUCGGCCCGCUUUAGCAGCCGAUUGUUUCCAGUCCAGCUGAAAUCAGGUGUGUUAUUCAGCGAAACGGAUCUACUGUGUGUUCACGAAGCUGUAAAUGGAUAAUUUUUUUCUAAUCAAGGAUCACCGGAGCUCGUUUUACGUGAUAUAGGAAUUGGAAUCCUAUUUAGUUGUUUUUCUUUUAAAAGUAGAUUUUGUAGCUGAGGGACUGGCUGGUUCAUCCCUCAAUUAUAAAUGUUUUUCUACACCGGGCAAUAACUGCUGAGAACAGACGAUAGUUUGAAACCC